GACUAACGCACACACACACACGCUCAUUGUAGUUCAUCAGGGAGCCGGGGUGAAGACACAUCUGCUGUUGAACCUUUGUAUGACAGAGUGAAAGGAAAAGAAACGGCCGCUAAACCCUUUCUGCGAGAUUUACACUGGCUCAACGCAUUUAAUCUGGUCUUGGCAUAACAGCUGAGCCUCCCGCGUCCCCGUCUUCACCCCAUCUGUCCCUCCGUCUGAGAGCAAUGCCGGGACCGAGGCCCGUGGUGCUGAGCGGCCCCUCCGGAGCAGGGAAGAGUACUCUGAUGAAGAGGCUGAUGAGGGAUCACGAGGGCAUCUUCGGCUUCAGCGUUUCUCACACAACAAGAAAUCCUCGACCAGGAGAAGAAGAUGGCAAAGGGCUGAACAAGCUCCCAAUGCUUCUGGGGGCUAUUUUACUGCCAAUAGCGCCCUUCUCCGUUGAAGUCUUAGAAAAACCAACCUCUAUUUCGUGUCCAAACGAAUCAGAAGACUACCACUUCUCAACGAGAGAGGUCAUGCAGGAGGGAAUUGACAACGGAGACUUCAUUGAAAACGCGGUGUUUUCAGGAAACAUGUAUGGAACGAGUAAAGCUGCCAUAGAAGAUGUGCUGGCCAUGAACAAAAUCUGCAUCUUAGAUGUGGACAUCCAGGGGGUGAAGAGGAUUAAAGAGACUGACCUGAACCCCAUCUACAUCUCCAUCCAGCCUCCAUCGAUGGAGAUCCUGGAAACCCGUCUGAGAGACAGACAGACGGAAACGGAGGAGAGCUUGCAGAAACGCCUCGAGGCGGCACGCAUCGACAUGGAGCUCAGUAACGAGCCGGGGGUGUUCGAUGCUGUCAUCAUCAAUGAUGACUUAGAGAGGGCUUACGAGGAGCUGAAAGAUAUGCUCAAUGAUGAAAUCCAGAAAAUUCAGGAAAAAUCAUAAGGAGGAAGCUGAACCCAGUCUUUCAUCUGCUGGACAGAAGGACCAAAACACGUUAUUCUGGCCUGAAUGACUCCGUCUUCACUGAGUGAAACACACUUUCAUCUUGGAAUACAUUUGUUUUUGCUUUCACCCUUUAUGUCAUAUGGUGGGAGGGUGCUCAGUACAGUUUCAAGCUCACUGAUCCUUAGAUUAUGUUAGAUUUAGUCCAAAAAAGUGGUGAUAUUUAGAAGUGGUUGCCAGCUGGUUCAGUUGCCAUAGAAAUGGAAACUGCCAAAUUCAGUGCUACAUUUGGUCUUCAUAAGCCAAAGUUUGAAACUGGCCACGUCAGUACAACCAGUCAGAACCUCGCCGCUAAACAGUUGUCUUGUAAUCCCGAUGCAGUAGAAAUAGAUUGUAUGAGUAUCUGUAUGAGUAUAACUAAUACAACAGUGUUUAGAUAAUUAAGCGCAUUCUGCAUAUCAUUAAAAUUUUAUGAAGGAGGAGGGUGCAGAAGAUACAGUUGUGGCUUAUAUUAUAUUAAGAUGUGCUUUUGUGUGUUUGUGUGCAAAUGAGACGGAAUAAAGAACGUGAGGACAGAA